AUGUAUUAAUAUCAUAUAUUACGUAUUAGUGUAUUAUUUUACGGUAUAAAACAAUUUUAUUACUGUAAACACGAUGGGAGGCGGAGACUUGAAUUUGAGAAAGUCAUGGCAUCCGUGUACUAUGAAGAACAUCGAGAAAGUAAGGAAGGCAGAGCAGCAAAAUGAUCAAGAGAAUAAGCGAAUAGCAGAAUUGAAAAAGGAAAUCGAAAUGGAGAAAGAUUUGGAAGACAUAAAGAAAUAUGCUAUAGAGCAAGGUGUAAUAGAGAAAAAGGAUGAUACGAAAUUAGACUGGAUGUAUAAGGGACCAAAUCAAGCGGUUAAUAGAGAGGAGUAUUUGUUAGGAAGACCAGUUGACAAGGCUUUUGAGCAAAUGCAGCAGGCAGAAAAAGAUUCAGAGAUGAAUAGAAUGCCAAAAAAUCAUGUUGAAUAUGAAUGCAUUCCACCAUCAUUGCGAUUUUUCUCUGGUAGCGAACAAGUUGAUUUGGCUAGAAAGAUACAAGAAGAUCCUUUAUACGCUAUAAAGAAAAAAGAAAUGGAAACUAGGAAUCAACUUUUGAAAAAUCCUGUUAAAUUAAAGCAACUCAAGGAAUUGCUCGAUCAACAAUCAUCCAAAGAUAAAAGUGAAAAGAAGAAAAAGAAGAAGUUAAAGGAGAGGGAUAGUAGCGAGGAUGAAGCUAAGUUGGAUAUUUUAUUAGCCACUAAGUAUAAACAAUUGAAAGACGAUAUCAGUGAAAAGGAUUUGCUAAAAUCCAUGAAGAAAAUGAAACAUAAACGAGUGAAAAAGUCAAAGAAACAUCGUGAUUCUGACAGCGAAGAAACAGAUAGUAAUGAUGACAUUUAUGUUAAAGAAAAACGACACAAACGAAGAAAACAAAAGAAAAAUAGAAGUGAUAGUGAUAACAGUACUGAUAGUGAUAAUAGCAAAAACAUCACUAAAUGUGAAACAGAAAAUAAAGAAUAUAAUAGGAAAUAUUUGAGAAACGAUACAAAAUUAGAUGAUAUCAAGAAACAAGAUAGGAAAAGAAAAUUGAGUGAAGAUAGAAAUUCAAAGUAUGAAAGAAGCCAAAAGUAUAGAGAAGAUAAGAACGAGAAACGGCAAUAUGAUAGUAAACAAAGAGAUUACUCAAGAAAUAAAUACAAUGAUAGAAGAAGAUAUUCAGUGGAGAAAGAAACAACAACAUUUAAUAGCGGAAGGACAUCAGCCAUUAAAUCUACCUCAAAUACCGAUCACAUUAAAUUUAAGGAUAGAAAAGAAGAUAAAUAUAGGUUGAAAGCAAGAUCAAGUCUUACUGAAGAGGAAAAGGAACAACGGCGAAAAGAGAUGAUGGCAAACGCAGUGUGGCGUGAUAAAGAAAGAGAGAAAAACGUGAAAAUGUAUCGUGAACAAGAGAAGAAGGAAGAGCAAAAUAUUACAUUAAAUAACAAGGAUUUUAUCAGAAAACAAUUGGUUGUCGCAACAGAAGUGGGUACCGUCGCGUCUAGAAUCAAGGCUAACAUUAACAAUAUACAACGUUCCGGACGAGCAAUGGAUACAAAUUUCGCUAAAAGAUGAUUUUUAUCUUCAAUUAUAUAUAUACUUUGUACAAUUACAUAGUGUAAUAAGAAGUCUUUAUGUAAAAAUUUGACAUAAAUGUAAAAAUAUUUAUAUUUAAUUAA